ACAGCAUCAAGAUGGUGGGAAAACUAAAACAGAAUUUAUUAUUGGCAUGUCUGGUGAUCAGUUCAGUAACUGUCUUUUACCUGGGGCAGCAUGCCAUGGAGUGCCAUCACCGGAUAGAGGAGCGCAGCCAGCCAGUCAGGCCGGAGAGCGUCAAGGCCACCCCCCGAACUGGCUUGAGCCUUAAAGCCAACAAGACUGUCCCCUACCACAAGGACAUGCCUUUGAUCUUCAUCGGGGGAGUGCCUCGGAGCGGAACCACGCUCAUGCGGGCCAUGCUCGAUGCCCACCCUGACAUCCGUUGUGGAGAGGAGACCAGGGUCAUUCCUCGCAUCCUGGCCCUUAAGCAGAUGUGGUCCCGGUCCAGCAAAGAGAAGAUCCGUCUGGAUGAAGCUGGUGUCACGGAUGAAGUCCUGGAUUCUGCCAUGCAGGCUUUCUUGCUGGAGAUCAUUGUUAAGCAUGGGGAGCCAGCCCCUUACCUGUGUAACAAAGACCCUUUUGCCCUAAAGUCAUUAACUUACCUUGCCAGGCUAUUCCCCAAUGCCAAAUUUCUUCUGAUGGUUCGAGAUGGGCGUGCAUCUGUCCAUUCCAUGAUUUCCCGAAAAGUCACCAUAGCUGGAUUUGAUCUUAACAGCUACAGGGACUGUUUGACCAAAUGGAAUCGUGCCAUAGAGACCAUGUAUAACCAGUGUAUGGAAGUUGGCUAUAAAAGGUGCAUGUUAGUGCAUUAUGAACAGCUCGUCCUGCAUCCUGAGCGCUGGAUGAGAACUCUCUUAAAGUUUCUCCACAUCCCAUGGAACUACUCAGUGUUGCACCAUGAAGAGAUGAUCGGGAAGGCCGGGGGCGUAUCUCUGUCUAAGGUAGAAAGAUCGACAGACCAAGUCAUCAAACCGGUCAAUGUGGCAGCGCUAUCAAAAUGGGUUGGAAAGAUCCCCCCUGAUGUCUUACAGGACAUGGCGGUGAUUGCUCCCAUGCUUGCCAAGCUUGGGUACGACCCCCACGCCAAUCCACCUAGUUACGGAAAACCUGAUCCCAAAAUUCUUGAAAACACAAGAAGGGUCUAUAAAGGAGAAUUUCAGCUUCCCGAUUUCCUGAAAGACAAAGCUCAGAACGAGCCGGGCGAGUAGAGAAGAGUGGAGACCUCUCCGUCACACACAAGGAAGGAGUCUUGCCUUUUCAAGAUACGGGUGACCUCUAGGGAUGGCGGUCCCCGUGCUCAGAUGGGUGGCCGGGACGUGACGACCCGUACCUUCAGCCUCUCCUUCUCCGUUCUCUCCACCCCCUUCCUGCGUGUGGUUCCAUCAGGCACGAUUCGGCCGUCGCCGGUGAAUGAUUCCCUUCCAGGAUGCUCACGGACCUCAUAGAGUGAGACAUCACCCGGACUGAGCAGGGGUGAAAGGUCAAGGGGUGCAGAGCCCCCCCCACCGGGCCAAGCACUCCCUCCACAUCUUUCCCUGAUCUGAUUCCAAACCCCAGUGGCCAAGGGGAGGAUUUUAAACCAGAGAUGGUGUGGAGAAGGUGUAAGGACCCAUGUGGGGGGAGACGUUGGACUGGGGGGGUGCUCGUGCCAGAUGUUCUGUAGAACAGUUGUUCCUGUUGAAAUCUUCUUGAUGUGGAUGUUAAAUAUCUUAAUUAUUUAAAGAAUCACAUGUUCUUUUGGAGAGGGCGGGGAAUCACAUGUACAUUUACAAUUCAAUGACUUUUGUAUUUUAUUUUUCAAAAUAAAAGC